ACAACCUGAGGGGGCUUCCCAAAUGGAGCCGCUCCUCUCCUCAAUCAUGGGUGAUCUGGUCGGCAGAGCCCUGUCCAUGGUAACCCAGAGAUACUUGCAGUCGAAGGGAGCACAAGAGGAGAAGCUCCAGAGACUAAGGGCAAUGUUGCUAAGGAUCGAAGCCAUCAUCGAGGAGGCCGAGGGGCGGCACAUAACCAACCAGGUAAUGCUCCAACAGCUCCAGAUGAUGAGAGAAGAUAUGUACAGAGGCUACUACACGCUAGACGCCUUCAGAUACGCAGUGCACACAGACGAAGCCAAAGGUGAGGUGACUACUGGCAGUUCAUUUGUCCUGUCCAGAUUCAGUCCUUCGAGUUCCAAACGUCUCUUCUUCUCCAUGUGCAAUACCCUGAGCAUGGACUUCAUGUUCGAUGUCUGGGACAGCAGGAAUCUAGACAAGAUGCUUGGUAGUAUCGAGAGAAUGAUCGGUGACAUGCAGGAGUUAAUAUUGUUCUUGGCCAGCUAUCCUCGUGUGUCCCGGCAACCUUACAAUGCAUAUCUAUUGCUUGAUCAGGUUAUGUUUGGCCGCCAAAUGGAGAAAGAGACAAUUAUCAGCUUUCUGUUUUGGAGGGAGACCACUGGCAAUGGAAAACUGGGGGUGCUUCCCGUAAUCGGCGCACCGAGAGUCGGAAAGAGUACACUUGUUGAGCAUGUCUGCCUGAACGAGAGGGUGCGAGAUCGCUUCUCGUUGAUCGUCUUCCUCAGCGGAAGCGAUCUCAAAGGUGGAAACUUGGCCACUCUAAGACAUAGCGGUGUGAUCAAGCAUCAGAAACUUGCUUCCACAUCACAUGGAGACUCACUUGCUGUCAUUGAGCUAGCCGGGGACAUGGACGAGGAAACAUGGAGGCGAUUGUACACCUCUGCGGUAAAGCACAUGACACCAGGCAGUAAAAUCAUACUCACGAGCCGCUCAGAUAAGAUAGCAUCCUUUGGAACGGCACAGGCUCUUACCUUGAAAUUUUUGCACCAAGAAGCUUACUGGUAUUUCUUCAAGACGAUCGCAUUUGGGAGCAGAAACCCCGAAGAGCAUCCGAACCUGGCAGCUCUCGGUAUGGAGAUUGCGGUCCACAUGAACAGAUCGUUCAUGGCAGCAAAUACUGUCGCCGGCAUACUGAGAGACAAUCUUGACACCCAGUUCUGGCGCAAGAUGCUGAGAUGCUUGAGAGAUUUCGAUAGCAAGCACCUCAGCAUGUUCGGUGAGCACCCAAUUGAUCUCCUACAGAAGGACAAACCUGUGUACAUCUGGACAAUGGUGAAGACCAACAACGUUGUCGUGAUGCGCAAUAUUUACCAGGAGCGCUCUCCCCAGAUCAGCGAGGUUCCCACGAUAACAGCACAGGAUGUGUUGUCUGGGUGUGUUACGUCUCAGGGGAAAUUCCAAGCGGUGGCAUGGAGGUCUAGGGUACCUCCCUGCUACACCUACUUGGUGAGCUUCGUCGUGUCACCAACAGACAAGCACUUGGUGCUCCGUAAGAAGCGGUCUAGGCAGGAGAGGGUUUGAUAUGAAAAUGUGAUUUCCAAGUGUACAUCUUAGGUAUCUGCCUUUCAAAAAUAAAGUGUACCUCCCUGCUACACCUACUUGGUGAGCUUCGUCGUGUCACCGACAGACAAGCUCUUGGUGCUCGGUAAGAAGCGGUCUAGGCAGGGGAGGGUUUGAUAUGAAAAUAUGAUUUCCAUGUGUAUGUCUUAGGUAGCUGCCUUUCAAAAAUAAAGUGUACCUCUUUUUGUCA